AUGGCUGAUGCUACCUUCCCAACCGUGGAAAAAUGCGCGUCAAUCGGCCGAGAACAGCACACGGUGUUGGCUGACAUGGAUGGAACCUUGCUUAGAGGCCGUAGCUCUUUCCCUUACUUUGCUAUUCUGGCCUUCGAGGUUGGUGGAGUUCUGAGGCUCCUGUUCUUGCUCUUAGCUUCUCCACUCGCCGGACUUCUCUAUUACUUUGUCUCAGAGUCUGCCGGGAUUAAAGUUCUCAUCUUUGCAACAUUUGCCGGCGUGAGAAUAUCGGAAAUCGAGUCGGUGGCGCGUGCUGUGCUGCCAAAAUUUUACUCGAGCGAUCUCCACCCAGUAACAUGGCGCGUCUUUUCUGCAUGCGGACAACGGUACGUCCUCACUGCGAAUCCAAGAAUCAUGGUGGAAGCGUUUCUGAAAGAUUUCUUGGGAGCUGAUUCGGUUUUGGGGACAGAGGUAGCAACUUACAGGGGUAGAGCGACCGGGUUUGUUCGUGAACCAGGGAUUCUUGUAGGGAAGAACAAGGCAGAUGCUCUUAAUAAAACUUUUGGAGAAACUCAGCCUGAUAUAGGCCUCGGGGAUAGGCAUACCGAUGCUCCCUUUAUGUCGUUGUGCAAGGAGGCUUACAUAGUGCCGCCCAAGCCAGACGUAAAGGCUGUGACCAGUGACAAGCUCCCCAAGCCCAUAGUCUUCCACGACGGCCGCCUCGUCCAAAAGCCGACUCCACUCAUUGCACUGCUCACCAUUCUCUGGAUCCCCAUAGGCUUCGUCCUUGCCUGUUUACGAAUCGCCGCCGGAGCCCUCCUGCCCAUGCCCCUUGUCUACUACGCUUUCUGGGCACUCGGCGUCCGCGUCACCAUUAAAGGCACCCCUCCUCCUCCAGUCAAGAAAUCCACGGGUCAGUCCGGCGUCCUCUUCAUUUGUUCCCACCGAACCCUCCUCGACCCCAUUUUCCUCUCCACCGCCCUCGGCCGCCCCAUCCCUGCAGUCACCUACUCCGUCUCCCGACUCUCCGAGAUAAUCUCACCCAUCAAGACAGUCCGGCUCAGUCGUGACCGAGUCGCAGACGCAGCCAUGAUAAAGAAACUUUUGGAAGAAGGCGACCUGGCAAUAUGCCCCGAGGGAACAACUUGCCGGGAACCAUUCCUGCUGAGGUUCUCAGCUUUGUUUGCCGAACUGACGGACCAUCUUGUACCGGUAGCGAUGGUGAACCGGAUGAGUUUGUUUCACGGAACCACAGCUCGAGGGUGGAAAGGGAUGGACCCAUUUUACUUCUUCAUGAAUCCUAGCCCGGCAUACGAGGUAACGUUUUUAAACAAGCUGCCAUUGGAGCUAACCUGCAGUUCUGGGAAGUCCAGCCACGAGGUAGCAAAUUACAUACAGAGGGUGAUCGCCGCAACUCUUUCCUAUGAAUGUACCAGCUUCACCAGGAAAGAUAAGUACCGAGCGCUUGCUGGUAACGACGGGACUGUGGUUGAGAAGCCAGCACUUAAGGCCAACAAAGUAAUGGGAUGCUAA